CCUACGCAUGCUGACGCAACUCCCCAGCUAAAAAGAGUUCAUGGUGGUUAUGUCGCACUUAUUUAUUAUCUUUAAUCACGAUAUGUUGUCAAAUGACUAUAUGUAGUAACACUGUAGCAAAUGCAGUGAAAUACGAUUAAAGUGCACAGCUGCCCUUUAUCACAGCAAUUUGCUGCGGUCUUGUGGGCGCUAUGACCCGGAGAGAGCCGAGAACCCGACUGACUGACUCCUGCCCAAAACUUAUGAAGGACCCAAACUUUUUUUUUCCUCCCUCCUGUCUCGCACUCUCGCUCCCUCCCUCUCUCUCUCUCCAAAUUUCCUUCAUUCAUCCACCGGGCCUGUGUACGUGCGCGCAGGCAUGACCGUCUGGUAACGACUGGGAGCCGGCCGCCACAGCAGCAGUCUCUCCCCUCACGAUGUCCCCGGGGCUCCGCGGCGCGAGAGGAGCCCUGCUCCCCGUCUUCCUCUGCGCCGCUCUGCUCCUGGCGGCGGAGGCGCAGUACGAGAAGUACAGCUUCAGGAGCUACCCGCACAGCGAGCUGAUGCCCCUGGAGUCCGCCUACGGGUACGCGCUGGACCAGCACGCCGCGGAGAACUGGAAAGAGAGCAUCAGGUACCUGGAGCUCAGCCUGCGGCUCCACCGGCUGCUCAGGGACAGCGAGGCCUUCUGCAGCCGGAACUGCAGCCGGGUCAGCCGGGAACACGACUCGCUCUUCGCCGACAGUGAGCUGCGCGUCCACGCUCACAUCCUGCGCCGGGCGUCCUGCCUCAGAAAGUGCAAGGCGAACCUCCCCGUCUUCUCCGUCUCCUACCCGAGGAAGGAGGUCCUGGAUGCGUUCGAGAAGAGGAUGCCGUACCGCUAUCUCCAGUACGCGCACUACCAGGAGAACCACCUGGAAAAGGCUAUUUCAGCAGCGCACACCUACCUGCAGAGAAACCCCAAGGACGCUCUGAUGCAGAAAAACAUGAACUACUACAAGACCCUGUUUGACGUGGAGGAGUAUCUCAUUGACCACGAGGAACAGCCUUACGAGGGCGUCUUCCUGAAGGCCGUCAAGCUCUUCAACGCGGGAGACUUCAGCAGCAGCGCGCGGGACAUGGAGCAGGCCGCCUCUGAGUAUUUCAAUGUGUACGACCUGUGCCUGGCAGGCUGCGAGGGCGCCUACGAGAUCACGGAGUUUAAGGACUUCUACCCUUCCCUGGCUGAUCUCUACACGGACGUGCUGGAGUGCAAGGUGAAGUGCGAGGGCAAUCUCACCCCCAACGUCGGGGGGUUCUUUGUGGAGAAGUUCGUGGCCACCAUGUACCACUAUCUGCAGUUUGCCUAUUACAAGUUGAACGACGUGAGGAACGCCGCCCCCUGUGCGGCUAGCUACAUGCUCUUCGACCCCGACGACAAGGUCAUGCAGCAGAACAUGGUGUACUACCGGUUCUACCGGGAGCAGUGGGGGCUGGAGGAGAGCCACUUCCAGCCCAGGCCGGAGGCUCUGAGGUACUUCAACACGACGAUGCUGCAGAAGCAGAUGCUGGAGUUUGCGGCGAAUUACCUGGAGGCUGAUGACGAGGAUGUGGUGACCUCAGAGGUAACAGGGGCAGGUCCAGACGAGCCCCCAGAUGCCGAGUUCGAGGGUGUGGGGGAUUAUGAGGAGUCCAUCUAUGCAGAGUGGUGGCAGGAGCCCAAAACCAAGGGUGAUGUAGGUGAGCCCUAAGCCAGACACUCUUCGCCUGACCACCUUUUGGACUUGGAUGUCCCUCAACACACAUACCUCAGUGGCCUGGGCUCUUCUCAGAGAGGCUUCGUGCUGGCCAGGACAUUAGGACAGGAAUGGUCCCAAUCCCAGCUGGAAGCAAUGCACACUCUCUAGGCACUUUUGAAAAAGUCUUACAGAACUACAAAAACACUCAGACUGACUGUUCAACUGGAUAAAGACUUCUUUAUUAUUUUUGUGCCUUAAAUACAGAGUAAUCUGAACAAAACAGACACUGCAGCUCCUGUUUUCCCAGGAGGCAAAAAUGUUGUUCUGAGAAGACCCCUCCUGUUCGAAUGCGAUAGAAAAUAAACCGCAGAGAAGUAGUUGAGGGUCACACAGGCUGCAGAGCCCAGUGCUCCACUGUGCGUUCGAUGUGCAACACCAACCUGCAUUUCCUGACCCUGAACUACGUGAACUAUUUUGAGGAGUUUUUUCAGAAGCAGUUGUUUGAGUAGAUCAAGGGCUACUGUAACCUGGGCAAUUAGCUGAAUAUUAUGCAAAAUACACAGAAUGUGCUUUGUCAAAAAAUUAAAAGUGUAAAUGACAAAACCUA